GGUGAUAGUACUUCCUGUCAGUGUUUGUAAACUGAGGAAAAAAAAUUGGAAGUGCGACAAGAAUUAAUAAUCCUCAGCCCCCUUAAAUUCGAAAGGCUGGGUUGCUGGGCUGCGAAGCGGUAUUGUCUAGCAUGGCCUUGAUGCAGGCCAACAAUAUGCCAGGCCAGAAGAAAAUGUCAUCAAUGGGUCAGGGGCACAGGUCCAAUCCUGGGAGCCACCAGACACACUCACAGCACAGCCACAACCACCAUGGACACCAGGUUCACCAUGGACAGGCCCACCACAGCCAUAUGGGACACCCCUCAGGCGGGAGUCUUCCACCACUGCUAAUUCGAAAGGACGGAGACUAUCACACAGCCAGGAUCAUUGAGAGUAAGGAUGCCCAGACAAACCAGAAUUUGCACCGCAAGAAGAAGCACAAAAAAUCUUCCCACAAAGUGAAAGAGAAAGUGGAGUUAUUGCCACACUUUGAUAUGGAUGACGACAAUUCCUUUAAAGUUCAGAAGAACUUUAUCUGUGAUCACUGCUAUGGAGCUUUCCGGAGCAGCUACCACCUAAAGCGACAUAUCCUCACACAUACAGGGGAAAAACCAUAUGCUUGUGAUGCAUGUGAUAUGCGGUUCAUUCAGCGUUACCACCUGGACAGACACAAGAGGGUGCACAGUGGAGAGAAGCCGUACCAGUGUGAUCGAUGUCAUCAGAACUUUUCGCGGACAGACAGGCUGCUGAGACACAGACGGCUGUGUACAGUUGGAGUGAGUAAAGAAGACAACCAAUACUCCCAGAAUGCAACUUCCCAUACAGCUUCCUGGAGUCCCCUCCAACCCUCCAACAACCGUCUCUGACUGUCUGAGCUGGAGCUCCCUAACAUCAGUCUGCAGUUUAGUGCCGCCUCUCACUGGAGGUUUGAUUUGAAAGAACCCUGAGCUUAAAACAAUUUUAAUUUGCCCUUGCCAUCUCAUUCAUGGAGCUCAUUACUGGAUAUUUGUACUUUCUACUUACUUUUACAUUCAUAAUAC